GUAUUACAGGGUCUGGAGAAAGAUGUAAUGAGGAUUUUAACUUUAAAAUUGUUCCAUUACAGAUGUUGCACAUAUUACUAUGACUGAGGCCCCCACUACAGCAAUGGUGGACCCCUGUAAGGAGCUGAACUGCACUGCAGACGAGUGGUGUGGGGAGAGCAAUGGGGUCUAUGGCUGCUUCUGUAAUGAGAACCAUCCUAGACCAGGCAACGACUCUUAUGACUCCAAAGAAGAGUGUGAGAGCAGCUCUGGCACCAUGUCUCUGUCCCGCUGUCAGCUCUUUGAAGCUGGUUUCUCUGCUGACCUCCUGCACCUGAGCGACCCCAACUGCACAGGGACAAUCCAGAACGGCAGACUGGUCUUCCAUUUUAAUAACGAUGACCAUAUCUGUGGCACCAGUCUCAUGGCCAACGGAACCCACUUCAUCUAUGAGAACACUAUCCAGGGGGGAGCAGAAUCAGGAGGAGGGCCCAUUCACAGAAAGAAAUAUCUGGAACUGCAGUUCUCCUGCAUUUAUCAGAUCAGCCAGACCCUCUCCAUGGACACCGAAUUAACCCCUCUGCAGAGCGUAGUGCACAAGAACCUUCCAGAUGGUCAGGGGAUGUACCAGGUCAGAAUCGUUCCCUAUCAGGAUGCUGCCCUCUCCCAACCUUACAACGGCAGUGUGAAGAUAGUGGUGGACGAGAGGAUCUACGUGGGAGUGUUUGUUCAGGGGGUGGACAGUCGUCAGAUUGCCACAGUGAUAGACUCAUGUUGGGCCACUCCUGAGAGGGACCAGCACCAUGCUGUCCGCUGGCAUCUCAUCACUAACAGAUGUCCUAAUUCAGCAGAUAAGACAGUGGAAGUUCUUCAGAAUGGUGUCUCCACUACUGGCCUUUUCUCCUUCAAGAUGUUUGCCUUUAACGGGAACUACCAGAAGGUUUUCCUUCAUUGCUCCAUUUACCUUUGCCUUCUGCAAAACAACAACUGUGCAGAGGACUGUGUCCCUGGAUUUCACCCAAGGGUUGGCCGGUCUGUGAACAACCAUGACCUGGCCUCCAUAUCUGUGGGACCAUUCAUUUGGACAACUUAAAGCACAGGUGCAUGGACUCCACAGAUAAUGAAGGUUCAGAUCUUCUGACUCUACACACCCUUAGAAAGAACGAUUAUACACAACCCUGAUCUAAUCUCUUUUCAGUAAUUGUGCCACUAGUGCCAUUCUGAAUUUUUAUUUCAUUUUAAUAAUCUGCUUGGGAAUGAGUUUCUGCAACUGAAGAAAUAUAUAUAAUCAAGAUAUGCCGACUGUUAAAUUACAUACAUGAGCAUUAUUCGCCACUGACUUUGAUUUUUGUUGAUUUUUUUCAAAUAUGGAUAUAAUUAUCCAUGAUUACUUUAUGGUGAUUACUUUAUAUUAGCAUUAUAUAAUAAAUGUAUCUGACAAGCAUUA